CCUGCAGCGACAGACUUCUCUUCAACAGCCCAGACCACCAGCUUUGAUCACAAUGGCCCCAACAGUAAGCAGUUACAUGGGCAAGGCUGCCCGGAAAACACAUACCAAGUCGCGGCUGGGCUGUGGCAAUUGCAAGCGCAGGAAAAUCAAAUGUGACGAGGUCAAGCCCUCAUGCAAGAACUGUUUACGGCAUUCAGUGCAUUGUGACUAUACCAUCACCUCAUCUACCACCGAGGCGCCAUCUUCAACAACCCCUAUCGAGCUUGCGGCUCAGGAUGGACUGACUUUCAUCUCUUCAUUGCAAGCGGAUUUCAAGCCCCCAAAGCGCGCUUACAAAAGGCGCGAAGGGGCAACUUCUGACCUUUCAGAGCAAUCCUCUAUCCCAGAGGCCUCGUCUGCUCUAGGUCGUCGACCGUUCCAGUUCAGUGCGACGGACCUGGCUUUAUUCCACCACCUUAUGACCUGCGCAGACCUCGGAGCCGACCAGAGUGAGUGGCAGACGCAAAUGACACGCUGGGGCUUCCAACAUCAUUACGUUCUUCGCCUCCUGCUCGCCUUUGCGGGAUUCCACCUGGCGCAAAAUCCAGCCCAGAUUCAGCAGAUCAUUGGCCAAGAUGUAGACUACGCCGCCGAGGCAGAGAAACACUACGACAUUGCCGUCCGUGAGGCCGCCGCCGCUGUAUCCCAAAUUACCGGCUGCAAUGGCCAGGUUGUUUACAUGGGUGCUUGUUUCAUCUUCACCUGCUCCCUGGCAAGAGGUCCACAACCAGGCGAGUACCUGGGCUUCCGAGACGAUGGCGGGACAGGUUGCCUCUCGCUGCUUAUGGGGGUCCGCUCGAUACGCGAGAUAUGCAGUACUGUUCUGUCGCUGCAGGUGGAUGUCCAUACGUCCGAGAAUCACGCCGCCCAAGACCAUACAAUGGAAUCUGACUCGCUACCAGCACCCCCGCAGCCACGGCCCCCAUCACAAACCGAUCCCCCCGCGACAGUAACCGAGCACCUCGAUCAACUGAGCUUGCUCGUGGAUAGCACAUACCCCCCGCACCAAUCAAUCCACCUGGAAUAUACCCGUCUUCUCGACGACCUCAAGCAGACAUACAGCGCUGUGCAUCCCCCGCCAGACUUGCCCGGGGAGCGGGUCGCCAAGUUCCCUUUUGUGUUUGGCUGGCUAUACAGGCUGCCUGACAGCGUCCUCCAUGACCUGCAGCGACGGCAUCCGCUCGCCUUGACCGUCUUUGCCUUCUUUACCGUCUUACUCAAGGACAUGGAUGUUGCCUGGUUUAUCCGCGGGUGGCCAGAGCAUAUACUGGAUGGCUGCUGGCGGAAUCUCGACGAAUUUCACAGGCAGUUUAUCCUGUGGCCGAUGCAGCAACUUCGGGUGUCUUGAAUCGAUUGCAAAAGAAGUGUACGUCUAUUGUACAAGAACGCAAUCUAUACAACACUAUUGUACUGCAUAUUCAAAGUGUGCUCUCCUUCUUCUCGAGGACAAGCGCUCAAACGCGGCUUCCUGCACACACAGCAGAAGCUGCUCGCCACUGCGACAUCCCCGGCAAUAUACCUCGCCUGCUGAGGAUAAGGGGAAAGGAUUCGCUUGUAUAUCGUCCCAUUGGCGGCAGGGGAUUUCACAGGUGGUGUCUCCGGCGCCCUCCCGUUCUCAACCCAGCGUCUCAAGGCAUCAAAGACGGUCGUGGGCUGCCUGACUUUCCCCAAAGCGCAAUGAGCCAGUCCGGGAGACUCGAAGAACCGGUAGAGCCCUUGGAUAUCGGGGGAAAGCUCUUCCACGGUAUCGUAGUAAAGUUCAGUGUCAUUGUCUUUGGUGCGGAUGGAAGGGUCGGCCUGUAUGCCAGCGAGGGUGCGUUUGCGAUAGCAGUGGUAAAUAAAGGGUUAGUUAUGGUAGACAAACGUACGCAUGCCAUGAUGUGCGAUGAGCUUUCCUCCCUCGUUGCGGAACUCCUUCACCGCGUGCUCGAAGGAGCUCGCGUACUCGUCGAACUUCAUUAUGAAAACUCAAACCAAUUUUCUCUGACCGAAAGUAAUUGAAGAACUAUCUGCCUCCCAGGUCAACUUUUCUCAUGGCUGUAUAUUCUAGAUGGGCGCAUCGUACUCUCAAGUAAGAGACUCAUAAAUUGUAUUUCUUCCCUCAG